AUGCCUAUAUCCACACUUAUGGAUUUUUAUCGUUAUACCACAUUUAUAGACUGGACGUGUGCAAAUAUUGUAGAACAUUAUCGUGAUAAGCUAGAACGAAAAGAUUGGGAAUAUGUACUUGAUAAAAUAAAGAAGGAUCUUCGAGACAUCACAGCUUCAGAAUCUGGGUUUAGCGUCAUGCACAAAAAGAAAGCUCAAGAAAUCCUUGACUGCUGGAAGCGCAAGCUGGGACUGCUAGUUGCCAGUGAUGAACUGCUUGUUCGACGCUUCCUUUUUGAGUGCAAACUGGGACUGCUAGUUGCCAGUGAUGAACUGCUUUCUUGGACUGCAAGUAAUAGGGCAAAGCCGAAUGAUAUAGGCCCCAAGUUUGAGUUUCAUCAGAUAGGACAGCAGGUGCUUGCGACCGGAAAUAAUGUUUCCAUUGAUAAUAUUGAUAAUCGACGUUUUACUGAAAAACAUCGCCGAGACCAUGAAGAGGAAGAAACUAUAGCACAGAAGAAAAAGAAGAGGCAAUUUACCGAACUAGUUGCAGACGCUGAAAACAAUCCGUUUUUUGAUAGAAGGGGCCAAUCUGACACUCUUUCGGAUACUGAAAUUGUGCCCAGUUGCCCAGCAAUAAUCAAUGACGUUAUAGAACUAGAAUUGGGACCAUUGCCUCGAAAAGAGUCCAGAUGGUUCAUAAACGACACGGACGUCUCUGAGCGAUGGCAUUUAUUUAAGGAAAAAUCAUUAGAAUUGGCAAAUAGAGAAGGCCUUUUUGUAGAAAGCCAUACACAGCAAAUAUUGUCGCUAUCGCAUAUCCUUUUGCUUAAACCCAAACAACAUUGCCCGUUAAUAGUGGAAGUUUUUGGAGACGAGUUACUGGUAACGAUGUACGAGGAUAUCAUACAGAGACUUACCAAACAAGAAACAGAGUUUGAUAGUGAGUUAUUGAUGAAGCUUAUUCGCAUUGUUAAGCGCCUACAACGGAAGGAAAUCACAAGAGACGAUGCAGUUUCAGAACUGCAAAUUCUUACAGUUGGCCGUUCUUGUGGAGAACGCGCAAUUUUGAGGGCCAUAAGAAACAUUAUCGAAAGAGUUCCAAGACUCACACUUAAAGGCCCCGUUGGAGAGGUGGAACUGUGCAUCACUUAUAUUGACACAAUUCUUAGCCCGCUUUUUACGGAUCCUGAUCGCGGUAUAUUUUUGCGAUGGUCAAAUAAAGAGGUUGUGGAGUCAAAGGCUAGAAAACCAGUCGGCAGAGCAAAACAACCAGAUGCUAUUAUCAAAGAAAUCGAUCAGCUGUCUUGGAGCUUGAGCAAAGGACAUGGUGAAGCGAAAGUUCAAGAGGAGAUGAACAACCUUUACCUCCUUUGCACCGAUCUCAUCCGGAUAGCUGUAUUUAACAAAGAUGCGAUUGACUUUUAUAACAUGAAUUGUAUGCUCGGAUUUCAAGUUGUUGGGCAUCAUAUCACAUUCUAUCUCACAACUCUUUUGUGUGAUGCCUUAUAUGUUAUGAUAGAAGUUGGUCACAUUGAUGUGCCCAUGUCACUUGAACAAGUUCCUACUUUUCUCACCAGCCUUGAUACGCUUCUCAUCAUUUUCAAUGCAUAUUGGUCCAAUUGCACUAUGUCUACCGAAAAAAAAGAACCAAGCAAGCGUAGUACUCUUGCAACACCAAGUUUUAAAGAAAUGGUUUCGAAGAGUCGGGAUCGGCAUCGACCUUGUCAAUUACGGUUUUAA